CAAUUGGAAGAAUUUUCUUGCUUCCACUGGUAUGUACGUAUUUGUAUGUAUAUCAUUACUAUUUUUUUCCUCAUAUAUGGAGUAUGAUUUGUUCCUCAUUUUCGAAUUCUUGACCAAGUGUUCUAUAUGAUGGUGCAAAGAUGCAGUAAAAGUUGCAGGCUUGGCUUAGAUGGGCUAAUUUUUACCUCAGGCUAGGGAUCAAAAGGGGUCAUUUUACUGAUCACGAGGAGAAGAUAAUCAGUCCUUCAACUUGAGGCACUUUUGGGCAACAAGUAUGAAGUUAUGAUGAUAAUCCAGAAAGAACAGAUAAUGAUGGCUGGCUCUCUGAUGAAGCAUUUGAAUCACUACUUUUUGGUCUUGAGGAUGCAUGAGUCUUUUGGCACUUCAGGUUGUAACUAUUCUCCAACUGAUUGAUUCAUCACAAGUCGGUCGUCAUGUUCCACUGAAAACAAAUCAGAUCUGAGUACACAAAUCUCACUGAGGAUGAUGGAGCUAUGACCCUAAAUCCCCCAAACAAGAAGAAUGUGAUCUGUGGACCAUUGAAAAUUCUUGAGUCCUACCGGGAAGGAGUGAUUUGGACUUAUUGCAUUAGAAGAUGGUCACAAUGUAUAACUUGGCUGAUGUAAAUCUAGGUGCCUUCUAGAACGAGGGCAGAUUUACCGCCUGCGGUUCGAACACUUCUCCAGGCCCAUGAUGGGCUUUUCGGCCUUCCGUUGGAUGGACAGACAACUCACCGAGGAAUCGUCAGCUGCGCAUGCAUCGGAGGGUGUCAGGCCAGAUCUAUUCUUCAUUGAUUUUGGCUUAAUUGAUGUUUGAAUUUCGAAUUCAUACUGUGUAGUUUGUGAUUUUUGUUUAAUGCUUCAAUGGCCGACGAAAGAUCAUAUGAAUUUGCCCUUGGUGAAGAAGUAAACCAAGAUGAGGAAAAUUCUGUUGACGGAGAAGAAAUGGAAGAGGAAGUUGGCGACAAUGAUGAAUUUAUGGCGGACAAUGAAGUUAGGGCAGAAGAAUCUAGCGCAGAAGGUGAAGCAAGAGCACUAGAUGAAAUUGGUGAAGACCAAGAAGAAGAUGAUGAUGAUGACGAUGACGACUAUGAUGAUGAUGAUGAGGAAGAGGAGCGUUUGGUGGAAAAUGAGGGAGGAACAGCCUCAGUGUCUUUAGGGAAUAAUGGUAUGCCCCUUGAUCGGCUCAGUGCACUGCCUAUCCUCUUGCUUUUUAACAUUCUAUCGCGUUUGGAUACUAGGGAAGGUUUGAUUACUUCUGUGUUGUCAAAAAGAUGGAAACAUCUCUGGCUGUUCGUGCCAAGACUCAAAUUCAGUUACAGUAGUGUGGAUACUGAGAAAAUAAGCCGGUUUCUGGCUGCGAUCAACAGGACCAUUAUCAUUUAUAAUGCACGCUUUUUGAGUUGUUUUGAGGUUGAGUUCACCUACCAUGAUUGCUUUUCCACUGAUGUUUUUGCUUGGAUUGUGCAUGCUUACAAAAAUGAGGUGGAGGAAUUCAAUUUGCUGCUCAAUCCCUCACCCAGAAAAGAUUUGUAUAGGCUGCCCGAGCUUUUGUUUGAACAUACCUCCUUGGAGGCCUUAAGGCUGAGAAGAUGCAUUAUGGCUCCUAAAAGUGCGAUCAAGUGGCAUUCUUUGGGUAGUUUGUUCCUUGAGGAGAUCGAGUUGCCUCAGCAUGUAAUUGAAAAUUUAUUAGCAGGUUGUCCUCAUUUGUGUAAUUGUGUUCUCAGAGCGUGCUGGGGAUUCAAUCAUGUCGCGGCGGACUCUCAAAAACUUGAAUCACUUAGGAUAGGAGACUCGAAAGAUGGAAACAAAGAUCCCUUGCUGGAAAUUUCAGCACCCUUUGCAGAAUAUCUACUUGUUCUUCCUUAUCCAGAAGGAAGAAAAUGGAGGAUCACAAACAUCCCUUCGGCUGUUAAAGCUCAUUUUGAUUUUGUUGGAUCUGGUUGGGAUGCUGGGUCUGUGGGGGUGAUGAGCAAUGCAAAAGACCUUCUUGAAAGCCUUCGGCAUGUCAACGAGCUUCGUCUGGGAUGCGAAUGCAUGCAGGUACUAUCAAUGUUGGCAAUGAAUGGAUGGGAGCUUCCACAAUCUGAUCGAAGGGUACUGCAAGUAAGCACUUCAUGCAACGAGGAGAGCAUUUCUGGGAUUGCAUGCCUGCUGGAUUCCUCUCCAUACGUUGAGACAUUGGGCAUAGAUGGCUAUAAACCCAAGAAGCUUUGGUGGUUUUAUUGUGUUAUGGGUUUCUUAGACAAUGGGCGGGUCACCUGCCGGUGCAAGGCAUGAUUUGAGAGGUGACCUACUGCAUCUGAAGACGAUUGAAAUCACAAUAUGGCCAGAACCAAAUGAUGAUGGCGAACCGAUGUUGGAAUUGGCUGAAAUUUUGCUAAAGAGGAGUAAGGUCUUGGAAAGGUUGGUGGUUCACGUUAUAAGAACAGUUGACUUUGUGAGUGUAAUACAAAGACUGCUUGAGUGCCCGAGAUCCUCCCCAAAUGCAGUCGUCCUCCUUCCUUAGUGGGGACACACCACAUUGCACGAGCACCCUGCUGGCGCCCGUCCUGCUCUGUUGGAUGUUGUAUUACCAGCGUCAUUUUGCCCUUUUUUUCUACUAGACCAGACAUUGUAUCAUCCCAUAUAUGUAACUAUCUAUGGCUUGUUAGGUGCAUUAUGCUUUUCGGGUUACCCGUUCUCAUCACUUUGGUUUCCGGAUUGCGUUCUUUAUGUUGUA